AUGGGACCUUCGAUAACCGCUACUAACCUACCAUGCGCGCCAAGAUGCUUUGAACUCUCUUACAUCAUUGAACAUUAUGGAGAAGAGACAGAGACCCUGGACAGCCUGAACCCUGGUCAUGACCAAGCUUACAUACCCAAAUCUUACACGGUCCCCCCCAACUUCGUUGUCCCGGUCUACUAUGAUGACCAGCCACGUGGCUACGACCAGAAAGACACGACGAUACAUUACCGAGAAGAUUACCGAGAAGUCUCUGAAAUGCGAGUCCGACACCUGCAAAUACUCCGUGAUGAAGACGUGGAAAUUGGGAUUCGUGCAUUUCUACCCCAAGUGGACGAUUGGCUAAGUGGAACACUGCCUCUCCCGAAGAAAAACUCCCAUGACCUUGGUAUUAUUACUCCAUCAGUGGAUGUUGAUAGGCAAUUGAUCCCGGUUCGAGACCUGCUAUACAAAGGGUACGGGUCAUUCGCCCUCAUACGCACGUCUCGAGAUAUUCUGUCCCCUCAAAACAUCUCCAAGGCUGUCUAUACUGUGCUAAGGGUGGACGGGCCAGGCUUGAUUGGCACCCAAAAAGUGGCUGUAGGCGAGUCUAUCUUGGUCAAAAACCAGGUCAUCUUAACUGCUGGUUUGAUCCUCCUCAUCAGUCUCUCCCCAACCAUGGUAGUUGGACGAACAGCUUAG